AUGUUUUCAGAGAAAUGCUCUGAAUGCUGGCGUAAACGCUCCAAUCCAGCGCAACAGCUCCUCCCUACAGAGAUAGAAGGUGACUGGCAGAAACUGGCCAUUGAUCUUGUUACCAUUGAGGGAGCCACGUUCCUGUCUGGUAUUGAUUAUGGUUCUCGCUGGCCAGAGCUUCUACCACUGUCCAAUACUACGACAACGGGAGUGAUCGACAAGCUGAUGGAGUUGUUCGCACGGUUUGGUCUGCCUUCAACACUCGUCUCGGAUUGGGGCCCACAGUUUGCAUCCACCGAGAUGUCCAAGUUUCUCGCUCAGUUGGGUGUUGAGCAUUGCAAGUCUAGCCCCUGGUAUGCCCUCUCUAACGGUAUGGUGGAGCGACUACAACGUCUGGUGAAAAAACGAGUUGCAAGUCUGAGACCUCAUCUACCGCUACACCGCCGCAUCACUCAAGUCUUGUUCGACAUUCGCAAUUCGCGGCACCGGAUGCUAGGUACAUCGCCUAGCAAAGCGUUGUUUAGCAGAGUCAUUCGGACACGGGUUCCAGCAUCCAUCACCCCACAGAUCAUCAACCCAUCUGAGUAG